GAACACAUUCUGCUCUCCCUCAACCGACCUCCACCUCCAGCCUAGUCUCACUGCAUUUUAACAACUUAUGACAUGAGCUGUUAGAUUUGUAGCGAUUGGCAGGAGUUUUGCUUUCACACAACCUGGAAGGCUAUGCCAAGGGUUAAACAAUAGUUGGCCUCUGUAGUGACGCUUCUGCUCGGCUGGUGGUGCUGUUUUGAAGCCUGCCAGAGGUGGAACAUGGAAGCCGGGGAGGAGUGGAACAAAGACCUGAGUGCCCACAAACUGCUGGAUAAAAAAGUGCACCGCAAGCAGAAUGGACGGAUAGGUAUAGCGCGGACUCUUCACAGCCUGUUGAAAACCCAGAACACAUUGCAGAUCCAGUCCAUCACCCGUUCAGAAUGUGCUGGCUCCUGUCCAAAUUUGAUGAUGAGUAGGAGCGAGCACGCCGAUGCGAGGCCCGUCCCUGUGGCCCUUACCCCCCAGUUGCCCCCCAGAGCUCACCGGCCCCUCUGCAUGUCGGUCUCCUCCGAUAGCAGCGGACGCUUCAGAGCUCUGGAGACGCAGGAGUGGAAGAACAACCUCAAAGCUCAGAUGGAGCAGGCCCACAGUGGAGGAGCUGCCAGCAGCACGGGCUCUCUGGAGCGAGCGUCCCUGUUCUGUGCCUCAGCUUCCACCACAGCGUCCAGUUCCAGCCUGUCCAGUCCGGUGGAGAUCCUAAAUAAGAGCAAAUCCUCCAGCCGCUUCUCUCUCUUCUCUCCGCCCUGGAACAGUAGCUCUGAGUCCGACUCCAACCCUCCGUCCCGUUCGGGUUCCAAGAAGUUGCGCAACUACAGCAGGAGAGCUGCUACGGGGCCAGCAGGAGCCAGGGGCCCAGAUACUCCUGAGCCCAAACCCAGCGGCCCUGAACACUUCCAGUACUCUGAACCUGUCAUCUCCAAGGUGACGGACUACAUCUUUGUUGGCAACCUGAACGCGGCAUACAAUGGGCGCACCCUGUGUCGGAAUAACAUUGACAGCAUCAUCGAUAUGAGCAGCGUGCCAGGAGAACCGGGGCCCAGCCUCAGCCUCAUACCCUGCACCUGCUCCCGCGGCACCCGUCACAGCUGGUCCCGCCUCAAAGUGGACAUCGGAGAUGUGCCGGAUGCUCUGGGCGACGGCCCGGCCCUGAAGCAGCGCUGCUUCGAGGACAUCAAUGAGUGCAUCGACGCCUCCACUGAGAAGAGGAAGCGUGUUCUGGUCCACUGUCGGGAUGGGUUUUCCCUGGCACCGACAUGCAUCAUCCAGUACCUGAUGGUGAAGCAGAACAUGAGGCUGAUUGCCGCCUACGAGCUGCUGAGGGCCAAGUACCCGGUCAACAUCAGAGAGUGUCACCAAAAUGUGCUGGUGAGCCUGGAGAGGGCACUGCGGCCUGGGGGCAAUGUCAACCCUGAGUGCUUUAAACAGGCCAUCUCACGCAAAGUAGCCUGGACAUAACUCAGUUUCCCAAAUUGCUCAGCUGCUUCUCAUGGUAUUAGAUAUUUUGCUAAAAACAACCAAGGGCAGCUGUAUUUUCCCUGUAGACUGGUCAACUGGAUAUUAUUGUCCCAACUUGUGUUUAGUGGCUGUAAAACUAUGAAUUUGAUGUAUUUCCGCUUUAAACUUAUAAAUGUGACCUGACCGCGACGCUUCUCCCCUCUCACAGAACAGGAAAUACAAUAGACUUCACUGUAAUGUAUACAGCUUCGUGGUAAAACGAUGUAAUAGUGGUGGCUGUAUAGUUUAUAUAGUCUUGCUUCAGUUCUGUGCCAUGCCGUCAUGGUGGUGUUUUUAUAUCAGGGGAAUUCUUAAGGGGAGAUCUCAGGAGAUUAUUGAUGUCAUUCCAGUACAGGGUGAGAAAUUACUCAUCAGACGAGUCUGCGGCCGCGUUCACUCCUGGAAAUAAAAUGCAUCUUGUUGAGAGCCAUGUGUGGCUUAUAGGGGUUGGGAUUUUCAACAGGAUUAGAAAGGUCAAUAUCAAUUCAGAUUAAUCUUAACUUCCUCUUCAAUUACAACUCAAAGUUCUUCUGGACCAACUGUUGAAAUUGUUGUAUACUUCAAUUGUGCACUUACAUUAGUGCAACAAUAUGAUUGGCCUGCUAUGUUUCCCAGUUCAGCAGAUAAUUGGCUUUUUCAGGGAGGGGCAGGACAAGUAUCAUACAACUGCCAUCUUCAGGUUCGUCUCCUUCCUUAUAACGUCCAUGCUAUUAGCCACUAUCAUGUAUAGUUGUCCAUUAGAUGAAAACAUCAACAGCGAAAAUGUACACAUGUACUUUGUCAAUAAUCAAAGUUAAAUUGUGUGAACUAUGAAAUUUGUUGCCAAGACAAGCUUUACAUAAAGUUAUGCAAACGUUUUUGCAAACAGCUAUAACACCAAUGAGAAGAUUCACUGAGUGUUUGGUCAUGUGACUGUGUUCAAACUUAUUAAUUGGCCAGGUAUUUGGAAAACCAAAAAAGAAAAGCAUCAAGCUCGUAAAGAAAUGGAAGAUGCAAUAGGCCAUUAAAGCCAAUCAAUGUUUUCUAGCAGAAUGGUAGGAAAAGGACAAAUGGUUACCUUGUCUGAAAGGACUGGUAAAACCAAUGACUUUAUCAAAUGGAGUCAAUGAACACAGUCAAUGCGCCGACCACACAUCAGCAGAGUACAAUUAAUGUGAUGCUAACGAUCAAAUUAGUUUGAAUAUUAUAUGGCUAAUAGACUGGAGAGUUGGAGAGUUCCACAUGUAUUUCUCCAUCUGCAGGUAAAACACUGGAGCCUAGAGGAGAUAAUUUUCCUCAUUCCUGUGGCUAUAAUGAAUAUCUUUUUUUAAAUCUAGACAAUUUAUGAAAUUACCAUGUAUAAUAAUCAGAUUUCUCAAAGAGGGAGAAUUAAGAGAACAGCCAGGAUGUUCUGUUUAUCCUGUUGUCCAACCCAAACAAUCAAAGUUGGACUUCUAAAUAACUUGGACAAUAAUUUGGUACCUGUGGACUUAAAUUUAAACAACAUUGUGUUUUCCACCAAAUGUGCUGGUGACAUUAAGCUAACACGUACCGCACUUCUGCAUGACCUUGCAUUACCCUGUCCAAGGGCACAUGCAAGCGGAGCAAAAGAUCCAAACAAAACCGGGACCUGUUCACCACUAAUAGUCAAAAACCAUAAACGUUAAACCUAUGUGUGUUUCCCAUGUGAGUUAUGAAACUUCCUCUCUGGCUUUAUGGCUGCUGAACCCAAAUUGUUUUUUAAAAGCAGUUGAACUUUACACACUGAUUUCAAUCAAAUGUCAAUGUGAAAGUUAAACUAAAGCACAAUUGGCAACUCAAGCAUUUUAGAUUUAAUUUCAGUUUCCAGGGGUGAACUUAGAUCUGUUUCAUAGAUUUUGACACAAUCUGAAAACAUCUGACAAUGAAGCAAGUAACUGGCCAUCAUUUGUUUGGAGGCUUGUUUUUCUUCCUAAAAAUACUGUUUUACUGGUGAAAUUGUUGUAUGUUGCCAGUGCAGUUGGUGGGUACAAAAAAGAAAGAAACGUCUUUGUUUGCUACCUUGUUGAAACAAAGCUCCAACUCUGAAGAUUGGAGGAUGUACGCGUGAUUUGUAACCAUCGGAUCCAUCACCUCUGACUGGAUUACAUUACUGAUUAAUCUGCUUCUAUCGCAAGAGGGAACUUUGCACACGGACACAUGAUUUAAAUCUAAAGUUUCUGUUGUUUGUGACCUUUUCAUGCAUUUUUUCCUCUUUUUUCCAAGGUCAUACUUGAUGGAAGAUGAACAGUUCGACCUCUCCUCUGUGAGGAAGACUGUAGCCCCUUUUUUCUGCCACAGUUUGAUUAAAUCUCUCUGGAGGUGCUCAAACUGUGGCGUUGUGAAUUUGAACUUCAGUGUAUGCAGUGAAGCUGGGUGUGUGCAUCUCUGUGGAUAAUCAGUAUUAGUGUAUCGGUGCCACUGAACAGUGAUUCAGGGUUUACACUGCAACAGAGGAUUUUUGCACUAACAGGGUUUUUCAAUGCAAGUAUUGCCUUUUAUUUAAAUAUUGAUUGAAUUCUUUUUUUUAUUUUACUAUCCACUAUGACUUUGAUAGUUACCAUGUUUACAUGCUUAUAAGAAUAAUGAAGAAUAAUUAAGAUAAUGGUUCAAUGGUUACAUUGUUCACACACCAUGUAAAUUUCCGGGUAGCUUGAGUCGAAAUCUUUGUACUGUGGGGCUGCUACAAAAACAACACAGGUUUUAGUCACAAAAUUAACUAUGUUUUACUUUUUUUGAAUAUAACUUUACUUAAAGUAGGCAUAUUAUGCUUAUAUUCAGGUUUAUACUUUAAUUUGAGGUUAAUACUUGAAAAGGUUUACAUGCUCUAAUGUUCAGUAAACAUCAGUUUCCUCAGACUGUUCAUUCCUGCAGCUCGUCUUUUCAGACUAUCUGAAACAUUUGGUUUUAAUUCCUGUCUCUUUAAGGCCCCUCCCUCCCAAUGAAGCCCAGUCUGCUCUGAUUGGCCAGCUUGCCCACUCUGUUGUGAUCCACCCUCAUUCUCCCCUGGCUUUGUUAGAGGUGUGCCAGACUAGCCUGUAGGUGUACCUUAUGCACCUCCAUACCAUUAAGAAUCGACCUGAUAUUGUACUUUUUAACUUUGCAGACAGUUAACAUAUUAAAGAAAUGAACAGACAAGAGCAAUGGAAAAAAAGUGAAAAAGCAUAAUACAUCGUCUUUAAGAAAAUAUGUAAAUAUGACGAAAAAAAUCUGUUUAAAUCAGUAACCAUCUGAUCAGAGAUUAAUAAUUUGACCGCUGUCUACCAGGGCUGCAACUAAUGAGUCUUUCAUUAUCUUUUGAGCUUUGUAUUGUUUUUCAAUUGAUGCAUAUUUAAAGGCCUUUGCCCAAGAUAUGUAUUUGUUUGUGUGCAAUUAGUUCACACAAUAAAUUUAGAACCUGUAAUUGCAAGCUUUCGCAUCAGCGACAGAAUUUCGCUGAGCAUUUUGUGGCUUUUGCUUUUUCGGACCAAGAUUUGAGAAAAAAAAAAAUGUCUCCAAAGUUUCACUUCUAAAGUACAUUAUAGUGUAGAAAUACAACGUCCUCCCCUAUCAAGUCUGAUUCAAAGUUUGUUUGUCAAUUUAGUUAUUAUACAUUUGUCUUUAGCCAUUGGUCAGUUUUUUUUUACUUUAAAAGGAUUUGAUAUAGCCUAUUUGAAGCUAGGAUCAAGCAACAUGCUACCCAACUCCUGUCGAAGAAAAUGAUAGACCAAAUGCACAUAACGUACUGUUUACAAACAAACAGGACCUUCCCCAGAAUACCACAUGAAACACUAUAAUUGCACCUCAGACAUAAGCCUAGCUGCUGCACCAGAUCAAUUGGGUCUCUGAAAUUACCCCUCUGCCCUUUCAAACUCGAUGCCAGCCAUUGCAGCAGUGCUUAAAACUGGCCGAUGGACAUCCUGACACGGCUGUGGUACAGUUCAGGCUCCUGACCCAAGCAGUGAAACUCGCCAAGUUCUCCUCUCUUCGCCAAUAUUGAUAGUACCUGGGUGUUUCGUUUAUUCUUUUUUCGCUUGAGACUUGCAUCUUGCAUCUUUCUUUUCCCAAGGUGAAAUUUCUUUUGUUCUUAUAAUUUAUAGGCUAAAUCAAUAAGUUCGUCUCCAAAUAUUAAAUGUUUUUCUGCUAUUUAUUCACGUCAGUGUUGGUUUGCAAAUGCUUUAAGUCUGUCAAAUUUCAGAUAAAAUUGAAAAAAUGUCAAGUCACUCACAGUUUCAGUUGACGUCUUCAAAGGUCCUGUUUUGUCUGACAACAUCCCAAACCCAAACACAUUCAACUAAGUUGAUCAUAUACUUGAUUAAUCAUCUAAUAGUUUCAGCACUUGUGCCGACAUUGGGUACACGGUGCCCUGUUUGGGUUAAUUUGAGGAAGUUUGUCUAGUAAAAGAGGAGAAGAAAAAUGACUGCUAUUGUCUCGUUUCACGCCCUGUUCAGACCUGCUAUUAACAUCUGUCCUGAUUGAGCUGAUCUCAAAUGGCUGGCUCUCUGUACGUCAGUUCACUCCUGACAUUACAACGUGUCUCCACAGGUCUCCUGUAACCACCUCAAUGUAAUUCAUUCAAAAUGUGGUGUUAAUAUUGUGUUGGUGGCCACAAAUUAAUCAAUGUAUGGGAAAUGCUUGCAGGUGAGAGGGCGUGGUAGGCAGUCUCUCAGUGUGUCGAAGGACACGUGCGGUGAAUGUGGUCUGAGUGAUCCGAUCUCAGAGGCAUCAUCAAUGCAUCUUGGGUGCGUUCACACCUGUCCUUGCAGCUGUCCUCUGAUCGGAUAACACAGUAUGAAUGCUAAAACCAGGUUCUGAACAAGGUCAUCGAUACUGUGAUUUUCUCACAUCUGCCAAUGUACUGUUUUUGUAUAAAAACAACUAUUGGAUUAGUUGAUGCCUUAUAAUCAGAAUGCACCUACAUUAUUGCAGAUUGCGCAAGUCUUUUUUGUCAAAUACAUUAUUCUGUUAUUUAUUAUUAACAUACAGUAAGUAGACCAAGGUAUGACAUUUUUCACAAUAUAAGGAUGACCUAUUCUGACUACACAUGAUAAGUGUGUACAUGAACAUGCAUAGUUGACAUGAUAAUGUGAAGAUGGUUGAAGAGGUAUAUUGACACCCAUCUAUGAAUUCUGCAGCUUCUUGAGAACACAAUCAUAAUGACAAAUAUUUCAAAUGUACACUUUCAACUUAUGGCAUGCUAUUUUUUGCCUGCUAGUCAGGUAAACUCCAUCAGGUUGUGCUCCAUAUCUGCACCUUUUUGUUUCAUGUAUGUGGUCUGACUGGAUUGAAUUUAUAAGAAAAUGAUUUAUAUUCUGUACAGUUCCUCAUACGAUCUAUUUCCCUUCUGUCAUAUGAAGGUGCAAUAUAGGAUUGAGCUUGACUUUCUGCAUUAGUCUCCCUGGAUGUUUAUAUGGCCCUAUUAUGUAAAGAUAUUUGCGUUGGCAUAUCCAUUGCAAUUGCAUUUUUAUAACUAUGAAACACGAAGCUCAGAGAUGCCUGAAAGUACAUCUAACUUAAAUAGAGGCAUACAAACAUUUUAAUCCAAACAUAUUGCAGAAAGUAAUUUCCAAAUUACAUUGGUCAGGCAAGUCAUUUAACCGGUUGUUUUUAUAGCAGUCCACUCAAGUUGGGUUCAGACUAGAGAAAAGUUACAUUUAGCUGCUGUAGGUUUGGUUUUAGUUUGCGAAUGGUAGAGUCAAGUGGUUCAAGUUUUUGCUAAUCGUAUGUGUCUUCAGUCAAUGAAAGCUGCUGUUGUACAAAAUUCGUCAAAGCUGAGUACUACAAAAGUUCACUUAAGCAGCUGGAAAUUAGCUGCAGGUUAGUUAACAGUUCAGUUCAGUGGUUUUACCAACAACCCCAUGAACAAAACUGUAAAAUGUUAAGCUCAUAAUCACGGCUGAAGGUAUUUUUAGCAUAAAGCGUUAACGGAUCAGGUUAGUGAUUGGUUCAGACUGGUGGUCAAAAUUUUAAUUCUGUUAGCGUCCUGUUCAAUCAGUGAAGAAAGUCCUUGUACAAAACGUUUCAUGCUCUGAACUUCGACUCUCUAUCUUCAAAGAUGAAGGUAUUUUUUUGCCCAGAGCACAGAGAUAGUAACCCACUGAAUUUUAAUGCUGCAUCAUCAAAGCAGAAAAUAAUCUUUGUGCACAAAUCAUUAAAGGGAUAGUUCAGUGAUUUUGGUGUGGGGUUGUAUGAGGUACUUAUGCAUAGUUAAUAUGUUACCUUAUGGAGAUGGUAAUCAGCGCUGUCAUUUUAUGCAGUUUGGAGGACAAGUGGAUGUAGCAAAAGUCAGAGUCCUACUGUUGCAGAGGUGACCACCAAAAAACGUCUUUUUCGCGACAUUUUUAAAUGGUUUCCUAAAAGAAUAUCUGUUCAAUUGUAUGCUAAAUAAUGUGUUUUUUUCUCUGCUUUAGUUUGCCGCCAGACAGAUGUUUAUUUUGCACUUUUUUCAAGCGUACUUUGACCAUGUAUUACUAUGCCAACUUGCACCGGUGCAAAGCAGCAACAUAUUAACUAUGCAAAGGUACCUCAUACAACCCCACAACAAAAUCACUGAACUAUCCUUUUCUAAUGAAACAGUAGUUUGGUAAUGCUAAGUUUUGUGGUCAACGUUUUAGUUCUGAUUAGUCAACAGUUUGUGUACUGUCCUGUGUACCUGGAAAGCAUUUGUAGCCAUUGGGACGGCACAAAGAUGCACAUUAUCCAACUGUUGUUGUUGAUGUUUGUAACGAAUCAUUUAUCAGUUUUUCAGUAAUUUCAUUAGCUAGUAAAGGUGAAACAAGCUAGGUGGCCAAAAGUAAAAACUAUACAUAUACAAUUGUGGAACCAACAAUUUCUAUUGUUUUCCAUUUUUACUUUGGAGAUCUCUUUAGCUCAAAGGCAGCCUCAGUGAGAAUCUGAAAGGACGGUUUUAAGCAGCACAGUUCAUUCUUGAUGUAAGCGGUGGGGUAUGAGUGGAAACUACAAGUAUGUUGCCUUGAUUUGAAGUUGUCUCGUGACCGUGCGGUGACGUUUGCACACUUUGUAUGACUUUAAAUUCUCUUCGUAUGAUGUAAAAUGUUUAAUAUUUUUUGAUGUUUUAAUUUGGCCCCCCCAAAAUAUAAACACUAUAUUUGUGUAAAGUGGUGCUUGCUGAAAUAUAUUUGCUAGUCAUUAGUGUACAGUACUGGUGUUUUACUAAUGCAGGUGGUGAGGCAGAAGAUGAUGAUAUAUUUGUUGAUGGAUGUUUAUAAUGUCCAUUCGAGGCACUGUAGUAGACAGUGUCUGCAUAUAUCAAGUCAAAGUCAUCAUAUCAAACUGCAUAGGUUUUCUAACUCAUUUUCUCAGGUGAUAUCUCAGUGGCCCAGAAUGUUCUCAAUGAAUAUGAUGUUCAGAAAUGUGAAGCGAUGUAUUUCUCAUGUCAUGUUUCUUAAGUCACGUAUAAUUUGUACUGUUGAAAUAUUAAAGAAAAAGAUGUACUCUA